AUGCCCGUCAAGCGGACUGGAGGCGAUACGGCAGCCGCCCCCAAGCGCACACGCUUUGCCGAGCCAGCGUCCGCGGCCGGGCCGUCGAAACGCGCGCUCUCCCCGGGCUCUGCAUCGAAUGAUGGGGUGGACGACGAAUUCCUCGAGGCCGACAUCACCGAGACAUCUCGCAAUGCCAAGAAGCGCGAGCGCGCGGCUUUGCGUGAUCAAGAUGGCUAUGGAUCGGACUCUUCCAACGACGAGGAGAGCGUGGUGCCGAGCCGCCGCCCCAAUGCGAAGGAGGAUGAUGAUGAGGACGUUGACAUGUUUGGAGACGACGACGCCGACGAGCCCAAGGACAAGGGCAAGGGGAAGGAAAAGAAGAAGGAUUUCAUGGACUUGGGCGACGUUGAGGGUCAGGAAGAUCUCGACCAGGGUGAGGCGAAGCGAUUCGCCCGCGCCGACGCUGAGGACUCGGACUCUGAGGUUGAAGAGCAAGGAACGGGCUUGGAUGGGCCCAUGGGCGUCGAGAUCACGCCAUUCAACAUGAAGAAGGAGUUCGAGGAGGGUCGUUUUACAGAGGGCGGCGAGACAUAUGUUGAGAACGAGAAGGAUCCUCACGAGCAACACGACCAUUGGCUGGACGGGGCCGACAAGGACGCCAUUAAGAAGGCGCGCCGGGCGCACCGCGAGCGUGAGCGGAUCGAGCGGGAACGCGAGGCGCGCGAGGCCGAGCUCGCUUCCGGGGAGGGCAGUGAGGAACGGGAGCACCGGCUUAUGCGCGAUGCCGUCGAGCUCAUGGAGCGUGGUGAGACAGUGCUUGAGGCGCUGCAGCGGCUGGGAGCCGAAGCCGAGGCCAGGCGCCGCAAGGAGGAGGGAGGGCAGAAGAAGAAGUCGUGGGCGGAGCGCCAGCGCGAACGCAAGGCCUCGAUGGCCAUUGACACCUCCAGGGAUCCGGAGCACGGCUCGCCAUUUGGCCGCCUCACUGCAAUCGUGUCCGGUCUUCAAGCCAUCGGGCAGCUGGACGUGUACUCACUCUCACGAGAGGCCAUCCAGCGCAUGCUCCCACGUGACGAGACCGCGCCUGCCGCACCUGCAAGACCGCCUCCAGACAAUCGUGCUUUUCAGUACCGCUUCUCACUUGCCUACCUGCGCACCCUGCCGGAGGAGCAGCGACCAGUCGAGCGCGAGGUGUUUGGCCCAUUCAGCCAACUCCAGCUGCGCGGGUGGAAGGCUACUGGGUUCUUCGGGCCCAAUUGCGAGAACAUCGAGGUGCGCGUCGUCAACCCCUCCGAGGAGCAGCCAUGGGGCACGUGGGACGCGGUCGUCGAGAAGAAGUAA